CACUACAAUUUUUAUUUUAGCAAGCAGUAAAAAAUUAGCGGUGGCCGUGAACGGAGUGGUUAUUUAAAACUAUGACAGGAUAAUAAAAUUGUACGAACUAUUUCCAAAAGUGAACUUGUUGCCUAUCGCUAGUCUUAAUUAUUCAGUUUGAUAGAUUUUAACAACUUUGUCGAAAUACAUAAGUGACUUACAAUAAUUCGAAUUUACAUCGACGGGUACAUUAUAAAAAAGAUAUUACCUGCCGUGUGGGUAAAAAAUAAAUAAUAAGUAGGCAGUGCACAUUUUUAAAGCGUAACCGUGUCUAAGUGGAACUGUGUGCCGGUGCACAGGUCAUGCGUUUGCCCGUCUUGUAAGGUUAAAGAACCAUACCGUCUGUCUAGGACUGCUACGGUACCCACUGAAUAAUGGAGGCGUUAGAUAAAAAAUCCCGUCCUCCGCAUCCCAGAGCGAAAGCUAACCCAUUGUCUGCUCUCACUUUCACAUGGACCUUGCCUAUAUUCUGGAGUGGGAUUAAAAGAGAGUUGGAAGAACAAGAUCUGUAUGAACCACUAGCUGAACACUCAUCUGGACCACUGGGUGAUAAGUUCGCGCGACUAUGGGAGGAAGAGGUCCAACGUGCGGGCGGCAAGAGGAAACCCAGUUUGUUACGAGUAAUUUUAAGAGCGUAUGCAGCAAGAUGUAUGCUGUACGGAUUUGUGCUACUAGUCAUGGAGUGCGGAAUCAGGAUUGCUCAGCCGGUGUUCCUGGGCAAGCUGGUGGAGUUCUACAGCGCAGGCCACACGAUGCAGCGAGAGGAAGCGUACAUGUAUGCCGGGGCUGUGGUCCUGUGCUCAGCCCUCAACGUGUUCGUGGUGCACCCUUACAUGAUGGCCAUCCUACACAUGGGCAUGAAGUUUCGAGUCGCUUGCUGCUCACUCAUUUAUAGAAAGUCACUAAGGCUAUCAAAAACAGCUCUAGGCGAGACAACAGUGGGCCAAGUAGUGAACCUUCUUUCGAACGACGUGAACAGAUUCGACGUGGCCAUUAUCUUCUUGCAUUACCUGUGGAUCGGGCCGCUAGCCACUGUCAUCAUCACGUACUUUAUGUGGGUGGAAAUCAGCUGGGCGGCUGUUGUCGGGGUCGGCUUCAUGUUGGCUUUCAUACCUUUACAAGCAUAUUUGGGCAAGCGCACAUCAGUACUUCGGUUAAAGACUGCGCUUCGAACAGACGAACGAGUGCGCCUCAUGAAUGAAAUCUUAUCAGGGAUCCAGGUCAUUAAGAUGUAUACUUGGGAAAAGCCCUUCGCGGACCUAGUUGCCAAAGCCAGAAAGCGUGAAAUAAAGCAGAUCCGUGCAACUUCAUACAUUCGGGGCGUGUUAACGUCAUUCAUAAUGUUCACGACUCGCAUCUGCCUGUUCUGCUCGAUCCUCGCGUACGUGCUCGCGUACAACGUCAUCAGCGCGAAACAGGUGUUCGUCGUCACCAGCUUCUAUAAUAUACUGAGGCAGACCAUGACUGUGUUCUUCCCUCAAGGCAUAGCUCAAGUGGCAGAAGCAACGAUAUCAAUAAAGAGGUUACAAAACUUCAUGCUUUACGAAGACACAAGCAAGCCAGUGCCUGGUCUCGCUGAGAUACAAACCUCCACAAAACCCAAGGAGGUUCGCAAGGUGGACGUCGAAGAAGUUCACAAAGGCGACUCAGCGGAGCCUAAGCUUGAGCCUAUUGUACCCACUAAGGAAGAAGAAGCUAAAGGCAAUGGUAACGCCACACUCGCGCCUCUAGAAUCUGGUGAAGACGAAGACCAUGAACUGGCCGCACGCGUCGAGGAGGACGCUAGGGGGGUCAGACUUAAACACGCCACCGCCAAGUGGGUGGUCUCGCAUCCUGAGAAUACUCUCACAGAUCUCUCGCUCACUAUCAAGCCUGGCAAGAUCAUCGCCGUGAUUGGUCAAGUCGGAGCGGGCAAGUCGUCACUACUGCACGUAUUACUACGAGAAUUACCGCUGCUGUCAGGCUCCGUGCACGUCGGGGGUAACGUCUCAUACGCCAGUCAGGAACCAUGGCUUUUUGCAGGAAGCGUCCGUCAGAACAUCUUGUUCGGGCAGCCUAUGGACAGGCCGCGGUACAACACAGUGGUGCGGCGAUGUGCACUCGACAGGGACUUUGCUCUGUUCCCGCACGGGGACAAGACCAUAGUCGGAGAGAGAGGAGUCAGUCUCAGUGGAGGUCAGCGGGCCCGCAUCUCUCUCGCCCGCGCAGUAUACAAGCGAGCGGACAUCUACCUACUGGACGACCCGCUGUCGGCAGUAGACGCGCACGUGGGCCGUCACCUGUUCGAGUCGUGCCUCAUCGGGUACCUGCGAAACACCACGCGCAUCCUUGUAACUCAUCAGCUGCAGUUCCUUAGAGAUGUUGAUCAGAUAAUAAUAUUGAAGAACGGCACAAUAGCCGCGGCUGGUAACUUCGAUACCCUGAGCGCGUCGGGUCUGGACUUCGCGACGCUGCUGGCUCGCGACCCGGAGGAAGAGAAGCCCGCAGUCGACCCCAAUGCUUCUGAAGCCGAUACGGAUUCUAUUCUACACGGCAGCUUCAGAAAACGACAGAUGAGCAUACAUUCUGUGAGUUCAGUGGACAACUUAACGGCGACGGCGCCGCCGGAGGGCGAGGCGGAGACGCGCAGCUCGGGCGCGGUGGGCGGGCGCGUGUACGGCGCGUACCUGCGCGCGGCCGGCCACGCCUGCCUCGUGCUGCUCAUGCUGCUCGUGGCCACGCUCGCGCAGCUGCUCGGCUCCGCCUCCGACUGGUGGACCAGCUACUGGGUAAUUCUAGAAGAAACGCAUCCUAUACAGAAGCUAUCGGAGUUAGGCACCACGAACGGCACUUACGCUCUGCAGGCUGCCCACAACCUGACUACCGGACUCAUUGAGAACACGUACUACGAGUCCGCCGGACUUAGCCGAUAUGAUUGCAUCUAUAUUUAUACAGGCAUGGUAAUAGCCCUAGUAGCAGUCUCCCUGCUCCGUUCCUUCAUGUUCUUCUCGAUGGCGAUGCGAGCGUCCACCCGGCUGCACAACAACAUGUUCUCGUCCAUCACGCGGGCCCCGAUGCGUUUCUUCCACGUCAACCCGUCGGGCAGGAUACUGAACAGAUUCUCUAAGGAUAUGGGCGCCGUGGAUGAAGUGUUGCCUUCUGCGUUAUUGGAUGUUCUACAGAUCGGGCUGUCUCUAAUCGGUAUCGUAGUAGUAGUAGCAGUAGUGAACUACUGGUUACUGGUGCCAACAGUAGCUAUAGGCUUCGUGUUCUACGGCCUGCGGAUCUUCUACCUGUCCUCCUCGCGCAGCAUCAAGCGCCUCGAGGGUGUGACUCGCAGCCCGGUGUUCUCUCACCUGAACGCGUCGCUACAGGGCAUCACAACUAUUCGAGCGUUCGGAGCGCAAGAGGCUCUCAUCAGGGAGUUUGAUAACCAUCAAGACCUGCAUAGCUCAGCUUGGUAUCUUUUCAUUGCCAGCUCAAGAGCGUUCGGCUUCUGGUUGGACCUGGUAUGCGUUAUUUACAUCGCCAUGGUAACGAUGAGCUUCCUCGUCUUCGGGCAAAACGAAUAUGGCGGUAACGUCGGCUUAGCCAUAACACAAGCCAUGGGCCUAACGGGAAUGUUCCAAUGGGGAAUGCGUCAGUCCACUGAACUAGAAAACCAAAUGACCAGUGUUGAAAGAAUACAAGAAUAUUCAAACAUAGAAUCGGAGCCACCCCUUCAGUCGGAGCCGGACAAGAAGCCACCGCCAUCUUGGCCGGAGUCGGGCCGCAUCGAGUUCCGUCACGUGUGCCUCUACUACACGCCGUCCGACCCGCCCGUGCUCAAUGAUCUGAGCUUUGUGGUCGAACCAAGAGCGAAGGUCGGCAUUGUCGGCAGAACUGGUGCUGGCAAGUCCUCGCUUAUUAAUGCGCUCUUUAGGCUAGCAACAAUCGAAGGCGAGAUCAUAAUCGACGGGCGGGAGACGUCGAAGCUGGGCCUGCACGAGCUGCGCAGCCAGCUGUCCAUCAUCCCGCAGGAGCCGGUGCUGUUCUCCGGCACCAUGCGCCACAACCUCGACCCCUUCGACGAGUACCCCGACCAGGUGCUCUGGAGAGCGUUGGAAGAGGUGGAACUGAAAGAGGCAGUGGCGGAGCUGCCGGCGGGUCUGUCGUCGCACAUGUCGGAGGGCGGCGGCAACUUCUCGGUGGGGCAGCGCCAGCUCGUGUGCCUCGCGCGGGCCAUCGUGCGCCGCAACAAGCUGCUCGUGCUCGACGAGGCCACCGCUAAUGUCGACCCGCAGACUGAUGCGCUUAUACAAAAUACAAUUAGGAACAAAUUCGCCGAGUGCACCGUGCUCACAAUUGCUCAUCGUCUGCACACUGUUAUGGACUCGGAUAAGGUGUUGGUAAUGGAUGCGGGUAGAAUGGUGGAGUUCGACCAUCCGCACAUUUUGCUGCAGAACGCGGACGGCAUUCUGCGAGGCAUGGUCGACCAGACCGGCCGGGCCAUGGCAGAGACGCUCAGCAGAGUCGCCAAACAGGCGUAUGAAGAGAAAUUCGGGCCACAGCAACAACCAACGGGCACCUCGGAGUGAUACAAAGUAAUGAUAAAUGUUAGGCUAUGAAUUAAUUGUUCCUACAAUCGAGAUAUUGUACAAAGGAUCUGGUGAUGGAGUGCAUGGUGUGCGCAUGCGAUAUAACAUCACGAUUAUUUCCCAUUAAGUGAAAUGAUUAUUUUUAAUUUGUAAAAUAUUAUGGUUACCACUUCCACUAAUAGGCUAAUAGGCGUAUCAUAGAAGGAACUCAAAUAACUCAGCGACGCAUGUAACUGCAUUGGAUUGCGCGAAAAUAUAGUAAUAUUUCACGAUGUCAUGCGUUUCGGAGCGCACUGUACUUUUUGUAACGCUAUUCAUCAACAAUGAGUUAUUAUUGAAAAUUGGUUCUGAGUAGAGCCAUUUGCAGUAAUUAGUAACUUGAAACGUUUUUUACAACAUGCACUUAUGGAGCCCCCUCGAAUUAUGACAUAAUUGCAGCUGCCAGCGUGUGGAGGUAUUUCAAAUUGCUAUGGUAAUUAUAACAGGAACUCGACUGUACUUAAGAUAAAUUAAACUUUUACUAUGAAGCGAUAGAAGUGCGCGUCAGUAGUGGAAGUGGUGAUUUUGAGGUCACAAACUGUAUUAGGUAUUUUUAUAAAAUGAAAUAUUUUUAAGAAUAUGUUUUAUUAUCAUGUGACUUAGCUACUAUGUUUUAUAAACGACAAGUGAGAUUUACAAUUUUAUUUUAGAAUAAUUACAAAUUGCAUUCAGGUGUGUUCGUGGUAAACUGAAUAAUUUAUAAACAUGUUUGCAUUCAAUGCCAAAUGUAAUCUCGAAUACCAUUAAAAUAGAUAGAUAAUGUAAUAAAUUAACGGUCCAAUAACUUGUGAGCUUUAAACAAUUAGUUACGAGGUGCUAUAUUUGCUAUCUUGUACUUAAUGUAAGUGAUCGAUGACUGGUGACGUCACGCGCGACGGGCUCUCAACUGUGUACUUAUUCGAAAACAAUCUUGUGAAUUAUUUAGAUACUUGAAGUAUCGAUACCGAAGUGCUUAAUUUUGAGAACUUGUAUUUUUAUGAAUAUCACGUAGUUUUUAUCCAAUUAUAAUUUUAAACGUUAUUGUUAUUAUUAAUUUGAUUGAAUUGAAUGUGAUUGAUUGAAAUGAUUUGUGAAAACGUAAUGUACGCCAAUGUUAUGUAAGUAAGAACUUGUUAAUUGUUCGUUUAUUGCAACAAAAAUAAAACAGUUUUUACGUAUCAA